AUGAAGGCACAACACUGGGCUAGCUCUAGCAAAGGACUAAGCUGCCUCCCUGCUUGUUUCCCUAGUCCUUUGUCCGCUGUCCAGAUGGGGUCCAAGAUCAAAAAUAUAAAUAGCCGGUUGGAAAAACUUCGCCAACAAAGAUCAGCUGAGAUUAGUUGGUGCUGGAAGCUAACAUUUAUUAGUAAAAAUGCCAUACCUCUAUCUAUAAAAAGGCUUAAGAUUAUUUACUGUUGGGAACUGGAAUUUUUGAAGGAUUUAAGUGUUUGUCUUCUUGAGUACUUGGAGAUUUAUUUGUGUGAUUCUCUCAAGUGCAUAUCAGUAGAUGGCCCGUUGCCUGAGACAAUCAGCCAACUAGAUAUUCAAAGUUGUAAAGCGCUGGUAACAUUAUCAUCUAGUAGAAAUGAGUACCUCCCUAAGGCACUUACAUCCAUCUUUAUCUGGGGUUGUGAAAAGCUAAAGUCAAUUGGUGAGUCCUUUAAUAAUAGCCCAUGUCUUGAAAAAAUUACUUUGAUGGAUUGUAAAAAUGUUGAAUCCUUACCUUUAGGUCUACACCAUCUUCCUUGCCUUGAGCUUAUUGAAAUAAAAGAAUGUCCAAAAUUGAUGGCGAGAGAAGGUGUUCCCACCAGCCUUAGACAACUCUUAAUUAAUGAAUGUGAAGAUGACAAGGGAAUGGGAAUGGGAAUGCUCACCUCUCUAAAAAGGUUGCGAAUUGAAGAACUCCCGCAGCUUAAAUCCAUCUCAGACCUGACCAACCUCACCUCUCUUGAAAGGUUGGUUAUCGAUUUUCUCCCACAGCUUGAAUCCGUCCCAGAACUGAACAACCUCAACUCUCUUAAGGUAUUCACCAUUCAAGGGCUUGAACGAAUUCCAAAUUUUAGCAGCCUCACCUCCCUCACAGAGUUGUACAUUGGAUACUGCACAGAGCUCGAAUCAAUGUCAAUUCUCAAUGGCCUCACCUCUCUCGAAUGGUUGGUGAUCGAGUGUCUCCCACAGCUUGAAUCAAUCCAAAAUCCAAGCAACCUCACCUCUCUUAGGCAUUUCGGCAUUAAGAUAUGCGCAAGGCUUAAAUCAAUUCCAAAUCUUAGCAGCCUCGCCUCUCAUGGAAGAUUGGACAUUGUGGAUUGCCCAAGGCUCAAAUCCAUUCCGGACCUUGGUAACUUCCCAGAUUUAUCAAUUAAGAAAUGCCCAAAACUCAAAUCCCUGAAAACCCUUCCAUCCUCACUUCAGUCUUUAGAUAUUAAAGAUUGUCCACUGCUUAUAAAAAGAUUGAAAAGUGUUACGGGAAGAUAUUCCUCAAAGAUUGCUCAAAUUCCUAAAGUUGAAAUAGACGGCAAAUUCAUCUACAAUUCAAAGGAGUACAUAGUUGAUGAUCGGAGCUUUCUCUAA